AUGAAUUCACUUCAUUCAUCCUGUUGUAACACCUCUGCUGAACUUUUGAACAAAUCCUGGAAUCAAGAGUUUGCUUAUCAAAUGCUCAGCGUCGUGGAUACAGCCAUCCUCCCUUCCAUGAUUGGGAUUAUCUGUUCAGCGGGGCUGGUUGGCAACAUCCUCAUUGUAUUCACAAUAAUAAGGUCCAGGAGAAAAACGAUCCCUGAUAUUUAUAUCUGCAACCUGGCUGUGGCUGACCUGGUCCACAUCAUUGGAAUGCCGUUUCUGAUUCACCAGUGGGCCCGAGGAGGAGAAUGGGUUUUUGGGGGGCCUCUCUGCACCAUCAUCACAUCCCUGGAUACCUGCAAUCAGUUUGCCUGCAGUGCCAUCAUGACUGUAAUGAGUGUGGACAGGUACUUGGCUCUUGUCCAACCAUUUCGACUGAUGAGUUGGAGAACAAGGUACAAGACCAUCCGCAUCAAUUUGGGCCUUUGGGCAGCUUCCUUUAUUCUGGCAUUGCCUGUCUGGGUCUACUCGAAGGUCAUCAAAUUUAAAGACGGCGUUGAGAGCUGUGCUUUUGAUUUAACAUCCCCUGACGAUGUACUCUGGUAUACUCUAUAUUUGACGAUAACAACUUUCUUUUUCCCUUUGCCCUUGAUUUUGGUGUGCUACAUGUUAAUAUUAUGCUAUACUUGGGAGAUGUAUCAACAGAACAAGGAGUCCGGAUGCUACAAUCCCAGUGCUCCGAGGCAGAGAGUGAUGAAGCUGACAAAGAUGGUGCUGGUGCUGGUGGCAGUCUUUAUCCUCAGCGCGGCCCCCUAUCACGUGAUACAGCUGGUGAACUUACAGAUGGAGCAGCCCACGCUGGCUUUCUACGUGGGCUAUUACCUCUCCAUCUGUCUCAGCUAUGCCAGCAGCAGCAUCAACCCUUUUCUCUACAUCCUGCUGAGUGGAAAUUUCCGGAAACGCCUGCCUCAAGUGCAAAGGAGAGUGACUGCGAACAAAGUCAAUAAUAUGUAA